GUCAAUGUUAACCUCACUUAAUAAAAAAUUGUAAAAUAGAAUUUAAUUUUUCAAUAAAAUGGCUAUUUCAAUAUGUACAAAUUGUAUUCGAAUGCAGUUUGUAAUUAAAAAUGUUAAUUUUAUUAAAAAUACAAAUAUAAAAUCGAAUUUUACAAAAUUAAGUAGUUUACUUGGAGUUCAAACUAAUUACAGUAACAAAUAUUCUCAGUAUUCUACUUUAAAAAAACAAGAAACAUCCCAAUUAAAAGACAAUAUAUUUAAUGUAUAUUAUGGAGUUUUAACGCCCCAAAUAAAAGCCGUUAAGGUGUUUUCGUUAAUAACAAGUAUAACAGGGUGUAUAGCACAACCAAUAAUAUUUCAACAAUCGGCAACAAUAAAUGGAGGUUUACCUGUUUUAAUUGCCAUUUGCUCGUUUGUUGGAUUCUUCACGUUUGUAACUCCUAUAUUAUUACAUCUAAUUACCAAGAAAUAUGUAACUCAUUUAGAUUAUAAUGCCUCUACUGAUCAAUACAUUGCGACAGUGGUUACAUUCUUUUUAAGACAACGAAAGAUAACGUUUACAACAAAUGAUGUUUGUGUUCCUGAUGUACCCGGAAUGUUUACGUCAUUUUUAGUAAAAGGUAUUCCACUAUUCGUUGAUCCUCGAUUAUUUCCAAAUCCUGAACAUUAUGGUAGAAUUAUGGGUUAUGAUAAACCAAUUGAUUUGCAGCUUGGAACAAAAGAUAAAAAUAGUAAUAAUAAUAAAGCCGACUAA